UGGAGUAUUAAAUUUGUUUAAAGUUGGUUACAUUUCGUAGUGAAAGUGUCCAUCAUGAGUUCACCUUGCUGUGGAACUAAAAAGCAGAAGCUCAAUAACGCUACGAGUGUUUUAUGCAACGGUAUUUUGAACAACAAAGAAAAUGGCAAUGAGACGGUGGCAAAACGUGAAAUGUGUUUUUUCUGCUUCGAUGUUCUUUAUUCUCAUCUGCACAGCUUAGAACCUCCGAAAACUCCCGACUUCAGUAACGAUCCUUAUCCUUUGUUCGUGACCUGGAAAAUUGGCAAAGACAAACGUCUACGAGGAUGUAUUGGCACGUUUAAUGCUAUCAACCUGCAUAAUGGGUUGAGGGAAUACGCUGUUACUAGUGCUUGUAACGAUACUCGAUUCAGUCCGAUUACUAUCGAUGAAUUAUCAAAAUUGCACGUAUCUGUAUCAAUUUUGAGACAUUUCGAAGAUGGAGCUGACUAUCGCGAUUGGGAAGUCGGUGUACAUGGUAUAAGAAUAGAAUUCCAUAACGAAAAAGGCCACAAACGUACUGCCACUUAUUUACCCGAAGUUGCGUCCGAGCAAGGUUGGGACCAAAUACAAACGAUCGAUUCUUUACUAAGAAAAGGUGGCUUCAAAGGUCCAGUAACUCCGGAUAUAAGAAAAAAUAUAAAACUAACUAGAUACCGGAGUGAAAAAGUCAGCGUUAGUUAUCAAGAUUACGUUGCGAAUAUGAAAACAUCCAAUUGCUAGCAACUACUUAGGGGCUACGAAAAAAGCCCCGUAUAUCCCAGGUACACUAACGAUUCUACCGUAAUUCCCAUACAACGUUCUUCGUAUCCGUCUCAUCAUCAUCAUCGUGAUCAUGUGUCUUCGUCGUAUAAUAUGUACAAUAACUCCACCAACGUCAGCUUGUACCAGCCACCUUCGGUUGUACCUCCGCCACCGUCACCUAGAUUUACAUAUUCGCACGUUUUGAGUACACCUUCGUCGUAUUCGAUGUACCCUUCGUAUCAACCUCCGCCUCAUUCGAUUAAUCCUAACGGAUUCCUUCGUGCCCCGUUCUCGUAUAAUUACGCUGGUAAUCCGCCUAUGGCCGGAAUGCCCUUCAUUAACGAUUACCCUGAUAACACGAUGUACUCUGUACGAAAACGUAAAUGACCUGGUGUAAUUUGUACCUGUAACGUGUAUUUCUUGUAUCGUCGUAUUUUAGUCGGUUCUUUGUGUUUACGAAUCGUAUUCGAUACCAUUUUCUCGUCUAUUCCACACUCAAUACAGUAUUUUAAUUGAUAUUUUUUUUAUCAUCUCGAACCGAUCAUGUGUUCAGGAUUGCAUCUGCUAUCUGCUGCAUACUGUGACGACUCCAUUUCUCGUUUAGGUUGUACAUAAGUGUAUUAUUUUUAUUCUAUUUCGUCUCAUAAUUGACUUUUUAUGCUUAAUUACAAUCAGUGGGUUUAAAAAGAAAUCAUGUUUAGGCUUCCGUUCGCAUGUAUUUGUAAUUUGUAUGUAUAUGUAUGUAGGCUUUAACCGUAAAUCUCCCAAUUGUAUUUUUAGCAUUUUUUUAUUUGCCUUAUAUUUCAUCAGUGUUGUUUUUUUCUUUUUUUAUAUAUUAUUUCAAUGUCUUCCUCCCGAAGAUUUUUUUUUUUUUUCGUCGCUUGUAAUUGAUAUUUUAUCUUUUUCUCCUCCAGAUGUUACUUGGGAUUUUAUUCUUUUUGAAUCCACUCUCACAGAGACGUGUAUUUUCGACUAUGAAGUGAUUCCAGAUUCGACUGUGGUUAUCGAAAGCAAACCUUUAUCGUUCAGUUUUAUUGUACGAGGUGUUUCUGUUGUAAAAUAUCAACGAACAACGAAAGUACAAUUAGAAAAUUAACGAGCUUAAUAUCUUAACAUAUUUUAUCCACUUUGUUGUGAUCAGUUAAUUUUAUUAUGGGCGAUGAAAUGAUUUCUGAUUAUCUUAUCAAUGUUACUGCGUUGUUUGGAUUUUCAAAAGAUAAUAUAAUAUUAUAUUUUCUUUCAAAGAUAGAAAAAAUGGUUGCAUACGUUUUUUCUUUCAAAAAUAAAGUUAUAGAUUCCCCCAGUCUGUCGUUUAUGUAAUUAAUUUAUUAUUCGUGUUGAGAAAUUGGUACAUAAUUUAUUAACUAUGCAUAUUUUACGUAUUCUAUUUUUUUGUUUAAGUGUAUUCUCGCUUCAUAUGUGAAAAGAUGAAUGGAUUGGCCGAGAAAGUAUCGAAUUUUUUGCACAGUUAUGAUCUCAAAAAAAUAUCAACUUCGAGAACGGAAGACUAUUUAAAGUAAAUGAACGUAUAGGGCGAUCAAAGUACUUAAAAUGCGCUGACAAAUUGCUCACACCAUUACGGUUCGACGAAAUAUUAACUUUUUAUUUAACAUCACUGCCAAAUUUGGAACUUGAAAAAAAGUACUUAAAAAAAUGACGACCUAAUGAUUCGAUCAAUUCAUAAUAAACAAUAGGUUUGAAUUUGUGUAAAAUUAAACGGUAUAAUUGUCGACGUCAAUUAGAUGUAGGUAUAGUAAUCAGAUUGUAGAUGUACUUACAAAAUGUUAUGGAAAACUGUAAUUCAGCGUUGUCAUUUAAAAAAAAUUCGCUAUCGUUUAAUUGUUUUUAACCUUUUGUUUAUUAAUGUCUGUUAAUUUGAUUAAAUAUACGAUUUGCUCUCAGA